UUUCAUUGCCCGCCCCUCUGGUUUUUUUCCCCUCUCUGUCGCUGCUUAUCUCUACUAUAUUUCUGCGCUCCAUUCCCGGAGGAAUUGGAAAGAAAAAUAUCAGCGAUGGGGAUCUACUUGGGCGAUACGUUCCCGAAUUUUGAAGCGAACACUACAGAGGGCAAGAUCAAAUUUCACGACUGGCUGGGAGACUCAUGGGGCAUCCUGUUCUCCCACCCAGCUGACUACACCCCAGUCUGUACAACGGAGCUCGGUACGAUGGCCCAGAUGGCUGCGGAGUUUGAAAAGCGUAAGGUGAAACUCAUAGCCCUGUCUGUUGACAGCGUUUAUGAUCACGAAUGUUGGAGCAAGGACAUCAAUGCCUACAUCGAAAAGGCCCCUGAGAAGAAGCUGCCGUUUCCCAUCAUUUCCGACGAAAAGAGGGACCUGGCGGUCCAGUUCGGAAUGCUGGAUCCCGCGGAAAGGAACAAGGAAGGUUUGCCGCUCACUGCUCGUGCUGUCUUUGUAAUUGGCCCUGACAAGAAAAUGAAACUGUCCAUCCUAUACCCAGCUACCACUGGGAGGAACUUUGAUGAAAUCCUACGAGUUGUUGACUCCCUACAGCUGACGGCUUGCAAGAAAGUCGCCACGCCAGUCAACUGGAAGGUUGGUGAGGAUUGCAUGGUUCUUCCCAACAUUAGUCCAGAGGAGGCAGCUCAACUGUUCCCGAAGGGCUAUCACACUAAAGAUCUCCCGUCUGGGAAGACUUACAUGCGCUUCACACCCCAACCCUAAACCCAGCGACCAGCUGUGCCUAUUUACACUACACCUUAUGUGCCUGUCCUUGCAUUCAGCUACUGAUCAUUGACAACAGGGAAUUGUAUGCUGAAGGUGGUUUGCCUUCUCGAUAAUUAAAUUUCAUUAAUUAAACAUUUCGAACAAUAAACGCCUAAGUUCCUGGAA